AUGGAAUCCGAAUACCGGCGAUUGGCGGAUGUUAUCCGCACCCAGGCUGAUGCUCAUCCUAAAUCGCGCUACCUAGUCGCCAUCGCUGGCAUCCCCGGUUCGGGAAAGACCACCACGGCCGAGGCAGUAUUGCAUCAAUUGAAUCAGAGCGCGACAUCUCGCGCUGCGCUGCUCUCCAUGGAUGGCUUCCAUCUUUCCCGGGCAGCUUUGGAUCAGCUGCCCAACCCCAAAGAGGCAUAUAUCCGUCGUGGAGCUCCAUGGACGUUUGACGUUGACCGCUUUGUAACCUUUGUCAGUCAGCUUCGCAUUUGGGCGGAUGAGACCCCAUUAGCAGCCCCCUAUUCGGGAAGUUGGUCUUCGGCAGAUCUCAUUUACGCGCCGACGUUUGAUCACGAAGCUAAAGACCCCGUGGAGAACGGGACUUCCAUUACCCCAGAUGCCUCAAUCAUUCUUAUUGAGGGCAACUAUCUGCUUCUUGAUGAUCCUGGUUGGCGAGAGCUCGCUGACUUGGUCGACUAUCGUGUUUUUGUCGACACGGACCCGCUAGAAGCAAGGGGCCGACUGGCCGAGCGCCACCUGCGGGCAGGCAUUGAGAAGACCCUGGAAGACGGAUACCGUCGGGUGGACAGCAAUGACUUUUUGAAUGCAAUCUCCAUUCGAGACAGAUUGCUGGCCCCAGACAUGAUUGUGAAAAGUGUGACUGUGAAUGGUAUAUGA